AUGAAGCUGGUCUGGUCUCAGAUUAGGGCUUCAUUUGAAUUGGAUUUCCGCUUGAGAUUGCUGGUUCUUAUGGUUAGGUUUUGCAACUGGAGGCUACUUAUUGUUGAGGUUCCUUGGAGGUUGAUACUUGUUUCAACUCCAAGAGCUGAGUGGACUGGCAUAAUGGCAUUGCUAUCUUAUAUUAACUUGUCUCAAGAAGCCUCCCCUGUCGUUCUUGCAGGAUUUAGUGCCUCAAACCCAAAAAUUGCUCCAGCUUGUAUCGACGUGAUGAAACUCGGUGCUCCCCAAUUUUAA